AUGCGCCCCAGCCCCAGUGUUGGGAUGCUGGGCAGACGGUGGACGAGGGCGUGUCAGACGGAGACUUCAGUUAAUGAUGAUGAUGAUGAUGAUGAUGAUGAUGAUGAUGAUGAUGAUGAUGAUGAUGGUAUCAUGUCGGAAGUUCUGGAACAACCGCUGCCGCUGCCGUUGCUGUUGCUACUGCUGCUGCUUUUUACGCUGUCAGGUAAUCAGGUAUCGGUGAUGGCAGGAGCCGGGGCAGCCUUGAGCAACCUUUUGAGGUUCAAGGUCAAUUUGGUCAAAGGCGGUCCCCAUCCAGUCCGCGAACCUCGAAUUCCUGGCCGUAGCACCAAUGAGAAGGGGUAG